CUUGCUCGCCGCGAAGAAAAACAGAAACAACAAGAACUUGCUCGCAAUGGAGACGACGGAAGCAAGAAAAGCUUGCUUGCUACGAAGACCGCAACAACUUCCUCACACGCUUGCGGCAGAGAUGAUGGCUGGACAACAAAAAGAAGAGAGAACAGUGCUGCCAAGGAAAAAAUAA